UGCCUGUGAUGACGUGUCUGCCUGCCUGGAUCCGAAUAAGCACGAAAGUGCACGAGCGCAUCUCGCAGGACAAUGGACGCAAUGUGAACAGUACGAGACAUUAUAUAGCUGUAUCAAUGCAGCUAGAUGAAUCUUACAAGCGUGGAACGAUUGUGUGUGUGAAUUUUGUUUCCUUGGGUCUUUUAACGCAUUGAAUGAGUAGCCUAUAUCUUCCUCUUUAGCACAUCCGCAGGUUGCGAUACGUGAACGACGAUGGACACCCUCACAGCAAAGCUAAGGAAGUCAUUUCACGUUUGUUUUUUUACAUUUGACUUAGUCCUCGGAAGAGACGCUGAUAUUAUACAAAACAAGCUGGAUUAAGUUAGUGUUUCUUGUGGAAACAUUUCUAGUGGUUGCUAACGUGGUUCACGUUAGUGUGCUAAAAACGGGUAUACGCAUUUUGUUUGUACUGAAUAACAUUUAUUGUCAGUUGUUUUUCGGAAGACAGAUGUUUUCCAAAAUCACUAUUAUGUAUCCUAAAGUUUAAAUCAACCUGAAUAUUACGUUAUUGCUCAACAGUGCAUAACUGUUACUGGUUGCAAAUGUUGUCGAAUGGUUAGCGAUUCCAUCACUUGUGCUUCACUACGGUGGCUGAUUUUUUAUAUAAUAAUGUAAUUUUUCCAAAUAAUGCAUUGACACAUGUAGUUAGCGCAUAUUGGGUGCAGGGUGAUGCUUUGGUAUAUGAAAUUCUCCUUAUUUUUGUUGUUAGAAGUCAAAAUUAAAUAGAGGAAGUGGUACUGCUUCAGUAUUGCAUGUUUAGAUCAGACCUAUGUCCUGUUAUCAGUCAUUUCACUAUAAGAGUCAUAAGAGAUUACUCUGAAUCUCAUUUUGGCAUUGCUUGUUGUUGUGGCUUUACACUGUCUUAACAGUGAAGUAUAAGACACAUAGAUAUAGUUUCAGGACUUCAAUACACUUAAAAUACAGAAACUUUGUGUCUGUGACUACUUUAAGUACAGUAAACUUUGCUGCUGCUUGGACAAGUGUGAAACUUGAAAUCUGCUGACUGGCAUUGGGGAGACAUUGCUCCACCAUGCGCCUGUCUUCUUUCUUGGCUGUUUUCCGGCCUGCUCUGCCUCUCAUCCUGGGACUUUCUUUGGGCUGUAGCCUCAGUCUUCUGAUGGUCUCGUGGACGCAGGGGGAAACAGACGAUGCUUGUGGAGAUGAACUAGGCAAUGGGAGACUUCCACAUAGUGGUCAUGUCAGGGAUCACCAGGAUGGCAGAGAUGGAGAUGGGAAUGAGGACUUCCAGCCACGCAUUGUACCCUAUCACAAGGACCCCAACAAACCACAUAAGAAAGUCCUCAGGACUCGCUACAUUCACACAGAGCUGGGCAUCCGAGAGCGUCUUCUGGUGGGCAUCUUGACCUCACGUGCCACUCUGAAUACGUUAGGUGUGGCAGUCAAUAAAACCGUAGCUCACCGUUUUCACCGCACCUUCUUCUUCACUGGCCUUAGAAGUGCAAAAGCACCGCACGGCAUGGUUGUUGUCGCUCAUGGUGAUGAUCGGCCCGUCUGGCUAAUGUAUGAAACUAUCCGGCACCUUCACCAACACCACGGCAAUGAAUACGACUGGUUUUACCUCGCGCAAGAUGACACAUAUACACAAGCUGAAAGGGUGAUAGAGCUGGUGAACCAUCUUAGUGCGGGACAGGACAUGUACAUGGGACGGGCGGAGGAGUUUAUUGGGGGUGAAGAACGUGCCCGAUAUUGUCACGGAGGAUACGGGUACCUGCUGUCGCGCAGCCUGCUGGCCCGAUUGCAACCUCAUCUGGACUCCUGUAGAAACGAUAUCCUCAGUGUCAGGCCAGAUGAGUGGCUUGGUCGUUGCAUCAUUGAUUAUUUGGGUCUGAGUUGUGUUGAGAAGCAUCAGGAGAUGACUUACCGUUACUUUGAGCUGCAGAAGAAUGUUGACCCCGAGCGUGAGGACAGUGCCCAGUUUAAAAAUGCCUUCACUGUCCACCCGGUCUCUGAGCCUGCUCUGAUGUAUCGCCUGCACAAACGCUACAGCCAGAUUGAACUGGACUGGACAUACGCACAGAUACAACAGCUGCAGCUUCAGAUCAGUAACAUCAGUGAGCUCACUCCAGAGGGCAAAACUGGAGCCACCUGGCCCAUCGGAAUCAACCAACCCUUCCGUCCCAAGACUCGCUUUGAGGUGAUCAACUGGGAAUACUUCACUGAAGAGCACAUUUAUUCAUGUGCCGACAGUUCUCCAAAGUGUGAACUUCGAGGUGCCGACAGGGCAGAUGUUAAUUCGGUCUUGGAGACGGCGGUUGGGCGUCUGAACGAGCGCUAUCAGCCGCAGUUGCGAUGGAAGCGGCGUUUGCUGAAUGGGUACAGGCGCUUCGAUCCCACACGAGUGGAAUACGUCCUGGAUUUGGCCCUGGAAGCCUUUACGCAGAAGGGUCACAGUCAGGUCAUUGCCAAACGGGUGAGUCUGCUGAAGCCGCUCAGUGCUGUGGAGAUCAUUCCCAUGCCAUAUGUAACGGAAGCGACAAGGGUACAGGUGAUCCUCCCUGUGACGGCACACGAUCAAGACUUUGUGGGAAACUUCCUUGACAUGUAUGUCAUGAACGCUUUGGAUAAUCAUGACAAUGCUCUGCUCACCUUCUUGUUCGUGUACGACCCCUUUGACGCCCAGCGGGUCAGCCAGACAGACGUUUUUGCCGGCGUCAAAGCCAUGAUUGGCGAGGUUGAGAAACGUUACAGCGAUGUUAAAAUUCCUUGGAUCAGUGUAAAGACUGAAGUUCCCUCACAGGUCAAGCUGAUGGAUAUCAUCUCUAAGAAGCAUCCAGUAGACACUCUGUUCUUUCUAGCCAGUGUAUGGACGGAGAUCAAUUCUGACUUUCUCAACCGUUGCCGUAUGAAUGCCAUCAGCAAUUGGCAGGUGUUCUUCCCGAUCCACUUCCAAGAGUACAGUCCCGCUCUGGUCUAUCGUGACCAGCAGCCGUCUGCCGCUUCAUCGUUUGCAUCCGAGACACUGCGCGAUGGACACUUUGACCGUCACGUCUUCGAAGAAGCCUGCUUUUACAACGCAGAUUAUAUGGCUGCCCGCACAAAGAUGGCGGCAGACAUCUUGGACAACGAUGAGAUGCUUGAAAGCAUGGAUGUGUAUGAGAUAUUUGUGCGUUACUCGGGGUUGCACGUCUUUCGAGCCGUUGAGCCGGCACUCGUUCAAAAAUAUUUUCACAGGGAAUGUAAUCCAAGGUUUAGUGAGGAUAUCUAUCACCGCUGUGUGCUUAGUAAUCUAGAGGGGCUGGCCUCUCGAUCUCACCUAGCAAUGGCUUUGUUUGAACAAGAGCAGGCUAACAGCACAUAAGAAGUGAGUAUUAUUGGAAGCAUGCCUUAAUUUGGCUUAAACUUCAUGAAUCUCAUUUUGGUGGCCUUAUGAUACCUGGACUAACGAUGAACCAAAAUCUGCCUCACUGAAAAGGACCUACUGAUGUUUUACCUUGAUGUUGUGAAUGUAUCUGAACAGAUCAUCCAACGAUGCAGUAUUACUAGACACAAGACUUGUUACUCAAGAUCCACAUAUAGUGGGACUUGCCCUUAGUUCAUAAAGAAAAAUAAAUCAGAGGACUUUAUUAACCAGAGCACAUAAUAAUUCUAUAUAACUGUAUUUGAUUUGAAGUGGGUAAUGAACUUAAAUUACAUUUAAUUUACAUGACUGCAGAUGACCGAAUGCAGGUAAAGAGCGUUAAUAACCCAUUAUGCUUUUACUCUACAAAGAUGACAGACAGAAUUCAGGUGGUUAGCGAGAGUUAUAUUCUACUCAGCUUCAGAAAUAACUUGAGCCAUUUUUUCUUCAGAUAUAUGAUUGUACAACCUUUGAACAGAAUGUGCUGAAUAUGUCCGGACUGAAUAAACUAAUCUGUGAAAGCUGA